UUGUGUGCAUCAGUUUAGAUAAGUAAAAUUGGACUAGUUUCUGCUGGUAUACGCAGCAGUCGUGCGAAACGUUUUCUUGCAAUAUACUUGCAUGACUGACAAUGAAAGUGAAAGUCAUCGAGGAUCAGCCGAAACGAAACCAAUUUGUUUCGUUAUUGUAAGAACAAAUUGAACAUUUUUGUAUACAUUGUAGUUUAGAUUAAUGUUUGGCAGUUGGCGGUAUAUUCAUUCGAAUAUAUCGAGAAAAACCUUUCCUCACCGCCUGUGUCAAGUGCCGAUAGGGAAUCCAUUUGAAUCGUUCUUUGGCGCUCCGUUCGUCGUGCAAUUUUCAUCAUGAAGGUUCUAAAUGAUGACGAAUUACAAAUAGUCCACACCGAUCUUACUAACCACUUCCCGAAGUCACUGCAAGUAAGAUGCAUUACAUGAUUGGGAAUCGGAUACGCAAGGAACCGGACUGGCCCGGAACGGAGUUUGUUGUGGAUGGUUAUCCAAAUUACUCGGUUAUCAUCCGCCGACCUGUUGCAGGCUCCCAAGACUACGUUCCUUGGCCCCAGUUUCCAACCGUUUUGAUAUUCUGCAAGGAUGUUCAGAAUCUAGAACGCUUCCUGUGCAUAGAAGGCUGCAUCGAUUUUUCGAAACCAGUCAACUUUUUCGGUGUCUCGCGGCACGAUGUAUUCCCAGUAGUCACCGAGGUUUGCAAAAAGUUUGGAACAUGCGAAGAUGAGGACCCUUCAGACUGGGCAAAUAUGUUUCUGCUCCAUCCGGACCAUUUAGUCCAAAAACCCGUGCCAGAGGGCUUCCGGUUGAGCGAACUGCGCGACGAGAACAUCGAACAACUGAACCGGGAAUGGCAUUACAGCGGUGGACAAGGCGUUCCGUUUUUUAAACAGUUGCUCAAAGCCGGUUACCCCACCAGCGGUGCCUUUACGGAGGAUGGCCAGCUGGUCGCGUAUAUUCUGAAUCUGCCGGAUGGCUGCAUGGGCCACGGAUAUGUGCUGCCGGAAUUUCGAAACAAGGGAUUGUAUCAAGUGGUCAAUUACGACCUGGCGGCGAAGAUUGUCGCCAGGGGAAAUCGCACUGCGUGGGCGUAUGUCAUGAAGUCGAACUUGGUAUCACGAAACGCAUACCGGAAGGUGGGAGCGCAGAUGGUGAAUGACGAGGUGUUCCGUGUGGACUGGAUACAUUAUCGUCCCAAGCAAGACAGUGGAAAUUGAAACGCGAUGCAAUUUGCAUCAGGCUGCUGGCUAAUACUGCUGAAUACAGGUGUACGCAGGGACGUAUUUUGGUUUUUGACUUGAUAAUUUAAUUGAGCAUUCCUUUUUAAGCGAUCACAUUUACCCGUUGUGACAAACACUCUGAAGAUGACGGAUAUUUUGCAAAUCAUAUUUGUAACAAUACAUCCCAUAAACAAAUAAAAUGGGCGUUU